AUGUAACGUCAACACUGUUCAAUACACGUUUGUCUCCUGAGGUUUUCACACGGUGAAUAAAAAAAAGACUUAAGUACAGUAGUAACCUACAAACCAUUGGUUAAAUUACACUCUAACCAUAGCUCUCGCGGUAUUUUGAUGUCAGACGCUGAUCCGUCUGCGAUGCCACGUUUAGAGGUCGAACACAUGCGUCGUUGUCAUGACAGUACGAUUUGCGUCUUUUCUCUAAAGCUUGAGCUACUUGUUGAUUUUUUGAAGGUUAAAAAAGUUGUCUUUUUUGACGUGUGUUUAUUAAUAGUGAUCAGUAUGAUGUCUUUAGAUGUUAUUUGGUCGUGUGCUUUGCUGCAGGACUGCGCUGAUCAGCUGUCAGUUUUAGACAAUAUCAUGCGACCUGGAGCCGACACUCGAAGUAUUAGGAAGUUCAACCUGAAAACAGCUCAACAAGGACUGAAGGAUGGGAGUACAUUGUCUGAUAUCAGAUCACAGGAACAACUCCGCUUUGAAAGCCCACUUACUCCUGACGACCUAGUCAAAGUGCAGGGGGACAGGCAGUUUGUUUCAGAGGUCAUCAAUGGGUUAAUAGUCGAGCUUUGGGAGAAAAACACUUUUCAGAGUUUGUUUUCAGCGGUGGAGGAGGAGAGGAAGAUAAAAGCCCAACUUCUCGACAUUUUAAUGAGAGAUGAAGAACGUCGCAUCAGGAUCAAAACUCUCCAAAAACACUUACUGGAUAUCUCCAAGGAGAAAACAGAGGAGUGUGAGAGACUUAAGGAAUCAAUUGCUCACCUGAGGCACCAGGUAGAAAACAUGAGGAUGAGGACAGAAUGUCAGAGGACAUUUGUGAAGAGCUGUGCCAAACAACUGGUCUGUCAGGGACAGAAAACCAACAGUCACAUAGAGAAAGAGCUGGAAGAUGAAGUCAUGAUGACAGCGGAGAAAAGAGAGGAAGAAGAAAAGGUAUACAUGGAAUUGGAGGACUUCCUAAAAAGUCAACAUGCAAGCUUACAUGAGCAGAUGCAGAAUUGGACGAUGCGAUACGAGAAAGACUUGGAAAAAAAAGAGCAAGAGCUGACUGCUUUACGAAACAAAAAAGCCAACAACCUGGCACAACUUCACGAGCUCUCUAAGAAGUGCAGAGACAUGCAGCAGGUUAAUAUUGAAGACAGGAGGCAGAAGGAAGAGAUGCGUGUACAGCUGGAGACAGAGCAGAGGGAGAGAGAUGCUGCGAUUAAAAUUCAGUCCUGGUGGCGGGGAACUGUUGUGCGCAGGGGACUUGGCUCUCCUAAGAAAACUGAUAAAUCCAAGCCUAAAAAAGGCAAGAAGAAGAAGAAAUGAUUGCUGGGAUCGUGCUGUCUAUACAAUAUAAAGAGCAAAGGAUUAUUUAAAGAGCCCCUAUUGUCUGAUUCACUCUUUUUCAUUUCCUUUGGUGUGUAAGUGUGUAUUAGUACAUGUUAACAAUAUGCAAAAGGUACAAACCCCAAAGUAAACGAUGAUGCAAGUAUGUAAAUGACUUUUCUUGGACUACAACAAACACAUGGAUUCUAGGCAACAGUUUACUUCCUGGGAUUGGUGAUGUAGACAGUAGUGAUGUAGUACUCGAGUCUGAGACCGAUUUAUGCUUUUUCGGACUUGUUCCUUCAAAGACUCAGUCUUGACUCGGUCUCGGACUCAUAAUUUUAGACUGAGUCCUCAAGACCAACGCAUUUUUUUAUGUUCAUAUAAAAAAAUCACACAACACAUAACAAUAAUAAUAAAAUGCAAUGUUGACGGGCAUUAUUUGAAAAUGACAUCCCAUGGUGCAAUGGAAAGAUACUGCCAUCAGAGCCGUUUAUUUAUCUCUAGAAAAAUAAGCAGAAGAUGAAUGAUAGUACAAGCAUAGUCCAUAUUAAGACGUUAAAGGGGACAAAGAAUGAAAAACCAUUUUUACCUUGUCUUUGUUGAAUAAUGGUAGUCUACCCGCAUUCACGAACAUACAAAAAGUGCUAGACAUGCUAAACAUCUCAGUCUCAUAGAAGUUCCUCUUUUAGAAAUGUCAGCCAGAAAACGGCCCAAUCUGAAAAACUGAUGCUUAUGACAUCACAGGCAUCUAACUGCCCCUCCACUUUAAAAUAAUUGGCUACAUUUUUUGAGUGGCAGCAAAGUAAGCCAAUCAGUAAUGAGAUUGCAAGUUAAGCCAGUAGAGGGAGCCAAAUAGGUGCAAAACCACUUGUUUAAAAUCCCCCACCCUAACAGAGCUAUCUGAGAGAGGUUUUUAGAAAGUUUCUAAGGCAUUACAGACCCAAACAAAUUUUUUUUGUCUACAUGUCACAUCACAGAACAAGGAUAAAUACCCCGUUCAAUCAUUCUAUGUCACCUUUAAGACUGUUCCUCUAAACAAUUCCCUAAAAUCUAGCUUAGUCUAUAGGCCUAACAGUUGAUUAUUAACUGGGGUGAUAUUAAAUCAUGAAUAUGAAAAUAUGUUUUUAUGGUCUUGGUCUCGACUUGGUUUCGACUCCUAAAGGACUCGGUCUCAACUUUGACUUGCUUCCUCAAAGACUCUGUCUUGACUCGGACUUGAUUGUAUUUGAAAACCAAUGGACUCGGUCUUGACCCUUCAAAGACAGACAUUAUCAUAAUUCCUCCCGCUUCAGACUCACAGCCUUUAAGUUAACUCCUGUUAGCAUUGCAUUGUGAGCGAAUCUUUCAAACAUGGUAACGAGCGUCACAUUUCCGGCUGACUUCAGAGGUAUUCAGGCCAAUCAUAACGUACAGAUUAGCUGGCCAAUCAGGGCCAUUAUACCAAAUACACAAAAAAAGUAAUUUUUUAUCAAUGAAAUGUGCCCUUUAAAUGACAGAGAAGUGAAAAGAAAAUGUGUUUUCAAGUUUUUAUUAGCAUAAAACAGUAAUUUUCUGUUAAAGGCUCCUGAG